CAGGGCGUUGCGAGCGAGGAUUGCCUGACUCUCAAUAUCUGGCGACCGAUUAACCAUAGUACCAACGGGUCAAAUGGAACGCUUCAUGUGCUAGUGUGGCUUUAUGGAUGCGAACUUACCAAUGGUUAUACUGCCGACCCAAGGUUUGAAGGAACGCAGAUUACCCGCAUCUCCAGUCGGAUUGGCAAGCCAAUCAUUUUAGUCACUGUUAACUAUAGAUUAGGACCGUUUGGUUUCUUGAAUGGAAAGGAGAUGGCGGCACUGGGGUUGCUCAACAUGGAUAUGCCUGACCAACGCCUUGCAUUGCACUGGAUUCAAGAGAACAUUAGCGCAUUUGGAGGUGACCCAAAGAAAGUCACUCUGGCUGGAGAAUCAGCGGGUACAGUCUCGAUCUGCUUCCACAUGAUGGCG